AGUGUCGUUUCGGGGUCACUUCCGCGGUUCCUGCAUAUAACACCCCCCGCUUUAUUAUUUAUUUUCUGUCCACUUGGACUCGUUCGCCUCCGCUCGCUGUGUGUGUGCGCGCGCUCGCGUGUGUGUGUGUGCUGCUGCUGCUGCUGUUGUUACUUGUUCCAAGAACGACCGGAGUGCGGGAGCGCGCGCGCGCCUGUGUGUGCGUACGUGUGCAUGUGUGUUUGUGUGAGUGUGUGGGGCGAGCGUAAGAGUGUGCGCGAUCUCGCUCAUCUCAGUGACGCGUGCGUACGUACGUACCGGGCCUGCUGGUGUGUGUGUGUGUGUGGGUGCAUGCGUGCAUGUGUGUGAGUGGUUGUGUGUGUGUGUGUCGGGCAGCAGCGCUAGCAGCGUGUGCGUGUGUGUUUGUGAGGUGCGGUGCGCUUGAAUGGAAAGCAAAGCAACCCCCAGAGCGGUCGGUGUGUAGGACGAGCCAACACGGCGUUUCAUUAAUACAAACGCGCGACAUGCCAAGAGGCGAACGAAGGCAAACAGCAGCAGCAGCAGCAGCGAACGUAUCUUUGCGAGGCGCGCAAUCGAAAGCGAAAAAGUGAAUUUAACCCACCCCGAGAAAGCGCUGCUCUGUGUGUACGUGUGUAUGUGCGUCUCGCGGGGUGUUUCUUCUUUCGUGUGCUGCGGUGUGAAGCUCGUAAUGAGCGAGAGUGUGUAGUGUGGGCGAACGCGCGCGCCAUCGAGAGUGCUAAAACAAUAGUGUGAACGGAAAAUCUACGACCCACAGUCACGCACAUCCCUUCCGAAGCGAAAGGGAGGAAGGAAGCAGUCGAAGGAGAAACCGGGGGCGAAAACGAGCGGAUUCCGGCGGGUGUGCUGCGUGCGUGCGUGCCGUGCGUGUCCCCGCUCGCACAAGAGAGAGUGAGAGAGUGAGAGAGAGAGAGAGCGCUGUUGCUACUGUGGGUGGAGGUGUCGGAAGGGAGGUGAGAAAACGGGGGUCUGCAGAAAGGAAUGCAUUUCGCUUUUCUUCACUGGCGGCCGUCAGCACCAUCAUCUUUCACGGACACCAUCGUUACCAUCGUCAUUACCACACCCCUGCUGUUGUUGCUGGUGCUGCCACUGGACGACCAGACGGGCUGCGGCUGCUAGAGCGACUGGGAGCGCGAAAGAGAGCAAAUUGGACGUGCGAAACAGGGCCCGGGGCACGAUCAGCCGCGUUCCACGACCCAUCGGUUCGAGAUAAAUCAUCCUGAAAAUAGGAAGCACAGGCACCAGUGGGUGGUGUGCGAUUCCGAGCAGGUGGUGGGUGUGUGUGCCAACAACUGCAGCGCCGUGCUUAUGCCGAAGCCAUCAAACUAUUGACACAAAGCCGCUGGAUCGAAGCAAAAAGGCAACCGGGUCAGAUAUAAAGCCGCGCAUUGCACAUGGCCAAGUCAAAUGCAUCUAGCAAACAGCGCUCCGGUUUCUGCAUCGCUACUAGUGUAAAAAUAUAACACAAUACAUCGAGACAAAGUGCGGUCUCCCUUUCCCUACCCGGUCGUGCAGUUUGACACACCCAACCUGGUAGCUACUUAAUCGUGCGCUCGCGUGAUCGUAACCGUGUGUUUGUGGUACGUAAAAGUGGCGAAUCGGCGUGUCUCCAGGUGUUUCGAUUAAGUAGCCGUCUGUUGCCCGGUCUCGUUUGUUUUAUUGCAAGUGUCCAACAUAAAUUAGGUGUAGAAGUCGGCGGUAAAGCACCGGCCCGCAGCCAUAUCCAACACCGCCCAGCCAAUCUGACAUCCUCCAACCCCUCUAGGUGGUGAAUUUCGUGUGCGUGUGUGUGCGGUGUUUGCAGCGCGGGAUCGCGACCGGGACACGACCGCCAAAGUCCGGCGCAGUGCGCGAGUGAAAGUGUUGCAAAAAUAAAAAUUAUCCUACAGAAUCUCCAUCCGUGUCCAGCCAGAGCAGGGGUAAAAGUGUGCGACACACCGCUCUUUCUCCGCCGGGUGGUGUAACACAUCCACUACAAGUACACACUGACACGAACACACACUCACACAGUUCGGCAGAUGCAUGCAAAUACCCUAAAUUAGUGUAGUGUGGGCGGAAAAGAAUUUCGGAAUUUUUCCGAACCCAACCGAAAAAGAGAGAGAGAGAAAGCGAAAGAGUGAAUUAUCCGCGCAGCGCACGCAACCAACCAAAACCCCGCGGACACAGCCGAAUCGUGCUAGGCGACUGCUGACGCCAAAGACCGCCAAGUUAGAUCAAGCGAGAUAGGGAGACGGAGGGCACAGGUGCCCUGGAGAUUCCGGUUCCGAAGGAUCGGUUCACUAUUUCGGGUCGCCAUUCGGACAACAAAAAGCCGCCAACCUGGAACUAAUGGAAUUAGAGAACAUCGUGGCCAAUACGGUCUACCUGAAGGCGCGCGAAGGAGGCUCCGACAGCAACAAAGGAAAGAGCAAAAAAUGGCGCAAGAUCCUUCAGUUUCCCCACAUAUCGCAAUGCAUCGAUCUCAAGAACAAAAUAGAUGUAAGCUAUGGUUACGUAGUCGAUCAGCAGCCCAUCGGACGUGAGCUUUUCCGUCAGUUCUGCAAGGUGAAACGGCCCCAGUACUCCCGGUACAUCACCUUUCUCGACGAUGCCACAAGAUACGAAAUUGCGGCCGAUGAGCACCGGGUCGAUCUGGCGUUCGAGGUCGCGAAGCGCUACCUCGGUCUUUGCACCGAGAGCCAGCGCGAGGACAGUGGCGGAGGCGGCGGAUGCGAUAGUGACGGGGGAAAGUGCGACGACGAUAGCGGCAUCGGUGGUGACACAAAGAAGCUCAGCAACCACGACGACCCGGAGAAAAGCUUGACCGGCUCGAACUCGGUCACCACCAACACCAUCAACAACGAGAAGGACGAGUUCGUGCUGGACGUGCUGAACGAUGACAUGGUGGGGCAGAUCCGGACCAAACUCUCGACUGGCAGCAAAGAGUUGUUCGAGGCUUCCAUUACGGCCGUGCGGGCCUUCCUGGCCGGCGAACCAUUCCGGGAAUUUGAGGCUUCAAUGUACUUCCACAGAUAUCUCCAGUGGAAGUGGCUCGAAGCUCAGCCGGUUACUUACAAAACUUUCCGCAUGUACCGCGUUCUCGGAAAGGGUGGCUUUGGUGAAGUCUGCGCAUGUCAGGUACGGGCCACUGGAAAGAUGUAUGCUUGCAAGAAGCUGGAGAAGAAGCGCAUCAAAAAGCGAAAGGGUGAAUCGAUGGUGCUGAUAGAAAAGCAAAUUCUGCAGAAGAUAAACUCUCGCUUCGUGGUGAACCUAGCGUACGCGUAUGAGACGAAGGACGCCCUGUGUCUAGUGCUGACGAUUAUGAACGGCGGUGAUCUGAAGUUUCACAUCUACAACAUGGGAGGCGAACCGGGCUUUGAACUGUCCCGUGCCCGGUUCUAUGCGGCGGAGGUGGUCUGCGGGCUGGAACACCUACACCAGCAGGGCAUUGUGUACCGAGAUUGCAAGCCGGAAAACAUUCUGCUAGACGACCAUGGGCACGUGCGCAUUUCGGACCUGGGACUGGCCGUCGAGAUACCGGAGGGUGAGAUGGUCAGGGGGAGAGUGGGUACAGUCGGAUACAUGGCACCGGAGGUGAUUGACAACGAGAAGUACUCAUUCUCGCCGGAUUGGUUCAGCUUCGGCUGCUUGCUGUACGAGAUGAUCGAGGGACAGGCUCCGUUCCGUGCCCGCAAGGAGAAGGUGAAGCGAGAGGAGGUCGAUCGGCGGGUGAAGGAGGACGCGGAAAAGUAUUCGCACAAGUUCAGUGAUGACGCCAAAUCGUUGUGCCAGCAGUUGCUCGUAAAAGCGGUCAAAAGCCGGCUCGGUUGCCGCAAUGGGCGGCACGGUGCGCGCGAAGUGAAACUGAAUCCAUUCUUUAACAGUAUUAACUGGAAACGGCUCGAAGCUGGACUAAAUGAUCCCCCGUUUGUGCCGGAUCCGCACGCCGUUUAUGCCAAAGACGUACUGGAUAUUGAGCAAUUUUCCACCGUGAAGGGUGUCAAUCUGGACGCGACGGAUGAGAAUUUCUACACCAAGUUUAAUACCGGCUCAGUGUCGAUACCGUGGCAGGACGAGAUGAUCGAAACGGAGUGCUUCCGGGAACUGAACGUGUUCGGUGCGAACGAGUGCCCGACACCGGAUCUGCUCGUCAACGCACCGCCGGUAGUGGAGAAGCCUGGUUGUUUUCCGUUUCGAAGAAAAAAGAAGCAAACGCCCCGCGAAAAACCGGUUCCAUUCAACGAGAAGCUGUUAUCCUCUAGUCAAACAACGGUCAGCUGUAGCCAGGCGCCAAAUGAGAGUUGAUAGGUGUAAUUGAAUUGGGGGGGAAAAUCGUGCAUGCAAGAACAAACUGCGCGGCCACGGCGAGACUUGGCAGUGUAAAGUGUCCAUCCUGGAGAUGGGAAGAGCUGGAAAAAACAACCUUUAGUAGCUAAUAGUAGCAGCAAAUAGCGUGCGCGGAAAGAUGUGGAAUGCUUUGUUCGCAAUCGACAUUGUAUGCAAAUCUUGCAUAUCCCUCACCGCAAGCUGACGCUCAAUGGAAGGAACCCGGCUCGUAUUGUGUGUUAAGCAAACAGGAAAAACAUCAUUUUGCGUGACUUAACAUACUGCCGAGUGGUCGGGUUGAAACAGAACACGUAACAACAGGACAUGAAUCUUCUAUGAAUUAUGGUCACACCAUAAACCAACUCACUCAGUCAAUGCUACACAAUUACAAACGCACAUGAACAUUUUUUCUCAUACGCACGAAUAGUAGGUAAUGAACAAUGAUAAGAGAUUGCAAAUAUGAAACAAAUCGACACGAAAACUUGUGCCCUCGAUAACAAAGCUGGACGUAUUUUAUCGAUCGUCGAAAACAAGAGCCGAGCUAAUGGACUAAUUAGAAUUUCAUUGCCCUAAGUAGAUACCCGUAAAUGGUACAAAUGUACAAGUUUGUACUUCUUCUCAUGGAAGUAUAUAUAAUAAUGAUGAUGGUAGUAAAAAAUAAGUUUUACGACAUGAGUUUUUUUUAUUCUGCCACUCCCAUGUGGCCAUCCGCUGGGAACACGCGUUCGAAUGAUAACACAGUGUCAAACGUUUAUGGUUUUUUUAUUGUGUCGAAAAGAAGUAGGAAUUUGUUUUUGUGACCGUAGAAUACUACAACAAAACCGUGGGACAGACCGUGCUGCCUAGGUGUGUGUGUGAGAGAGAGUGUGUUUUUUAAUUGAAAACAUAACUUAGUUACAGCAACUGCAUCUAGGCGGCACACCUAUCUUUAUGUUUAUGUUAACUGCCAGGUGUACAACACAAUAAGUGAAUAUAGACGAAAAAUAAAGAAAUCUUACCAAAGCUUGAAUGGGUCCCCAUAUCCCGUCUUUCAUCGUGCCGGUGUGAGAUGCCGGCGCAUGUACAGCGUAGAAUGGACGUGCGCUUUGCUGACGAAAUGUAUCGCUGUUGUUUAUCGAUCGAGCUUUUUGUUGUUUCAAGUUGGUUGUGCGAAAUAAGCCAACAACAACAAGAAAAAAUCUACUUUGAAAAUAGAAAAAGCGUAUAUUUCACACUCAUUUGAAUAGAGGAGGGAUUGUUUCUCGUUUUUAAUGCUCGCUCCACAGAGAAAAUCUGUCUGUGAAACAAAGCAAAUUAGGUCUUGUGUUGCUAUUCCUGGUUUUUUUCCUAUCAUAAUGCUUAGAAUAUUCAACGAACGCUGCACACCUAACUUAGCUUUUAGCGUCAGAUUUACAGCUUAUGUGUCUUGUUUUGUUUACAGACAUUAAGUUUGUCUUUAUGAGGCUUACACUUCGCGGUACCGUGUAAUGAUUGUCACUUAAUUUUGCACCAAUGAAUUUGAAAAAGCCGUUAGUUGUUGCAUUUCCAUCGUAGAAGCAGAACGAAAGUGGGGGGAAGUAAUUGAAUGAAGAAACUCUUAAUAUUCGAAUGGUUGAAAAGGUCACUUUUUAACAGUUUUCAUACUCAUGUACUAAUCAAUUAUAAGAUUAAUAGAGAAAAGCCUUCGUGGCUGGAAGAAGUUGAGGAACAGGGAGGAAAUUGAAUAACUCUAUCGCACGCAUACUAUCCAUUAUAUAGAAACACAAUAAGAACAACAACAACAAAAACUCCUCCCUUUAUAUAGAAAACAAAAAACGCACACACAUAUGUACACACAUACACACUUACACUCACUUUCUCUUACUCAAAAAAGCAAAAUGAAUCGUAGAUGGAGGAGGACUCUCGAACAAGGUCGGGAUUUGUCAAUCAUACGGCAUACAUUAUGAACAAACUUAAACCUAGUUACCGAAGCGUUACUGCUAAGUGUAAAGAACAAAUCUGCAAAGGGGUACGAGAAUGGCGAAGAGUGCAAAAGAAGGAAGGAGAGAAAGAGAUUAGAGAAAGAGAGAGAGAGAGAGAGA